AUGAUUCCUGGCGAAUUUAUGGGAAGAAAUCUGAGGAAGCGCUGUGCCUACCACAAUAAAGAUAGGCAUCUAACUCAAGGGUGUAGAACCCUAAAGGCACAUCUGGAAGACCUGGUAAGACAGGGUCAUUUAAGGGACCUGGUAGAUGAGGCCAAGACAAGAGAAGAGCAAGCGAGACUACCUCAGGCACCGGCAGCACCACCUCUACUAGCACCACAACCACAAGUAGGUGGACCUCGAGUGAUCAAUGUGAUUCACUCGAAAGUCAAUGAGAAUGAGAUACGUGGGGAAACUCAGAAGGUGAAACACCUGCAACAUGUGUAUCAUGUCCGGCAGAAAAGACCUAGGGCAGACGAGCCCCAAGGACCAAUGAUGUCCUUUACUGAACAAGAUCUAGACAUGGUGCAACAUCUACACAACGAUGCCCUGGUAAUAUCCCUUAAGAUUGGAGGUAAAGCGCAUCUUAAUUGA